AUGGUUGUUGUAGCGCACUUACUCUACGUGACGGUUUCCGUGCACGCAACUUUAGACGAGAUUCUUAGCGGUUGGGGUCGGAACUUAAAAUGCGUCCUAGAUCGGAGGCGCCCUGGCCUCGCAGGGCCUAGAGACACCCGGCCUCGACCAAGGUCAGGCGGGCACGUUCUUGACGCAUUAUUCGCACGCAAGCUUCCUUUUCCACCCAAGGACUCGUUUGAUGGGUGGUGCACGGCGCCACUUCAGACGAUGGCUUCGCUACCUUCUCCGUGGCCCAUCGUGGCGAUAAAGAAGCGUCGGCGAAUCGUCUUUGCAGGGUUCUCGGUGACGCGGGCAGUUUUCAAAAGGAUAACUGAGUCGUUUCAGCAGCGCUGGCUGGCGAAAACCGGAGAAGAUGUCGACUUCGGUCUGAGUUUUGCGGGAUCUGGUAUUCAGUCACGGGCCAUUCGGGACGGUCUUCCAGCGCAUGUAUGCUGCUUGGCGCUCGUGGAUGAUAUCGAAAAGCUCGCACGCGGGGGCUUCAUUGACCAGGCGUGGCGGAUGCGAACCCCCUACAACGGUAUUGUUGCCCGCUCGCUGACGGUGGCUGGAUACCGUCCUCAGUUGGACGCAUCUCCGUCGACGGAUAAGAUAUGCGAGUGCUUCUACGAUAUUUUGGCGAAGAAUCUUGCAGUCAUUACAGCGAAUCCGAAAUCAGCGGGAGCUGCACGGUGGAAUUUUUUAGGGUUGUGGUCCGCGGCGCGCUCCGGAACUAUGCGCUUCGAACCGACAUUUAUUCAGAAUGCGCUGCAAGCGAGGGACUCGACAAAGAACGCGAUCCUCCAUCGAAUGCUCGAGACGGAGAAUGACUGGAUUGCUUUGGCCUUUCUCAGAGAGGUGUAUCUCCGGGCUCCGGUGCUCCCGCGGGACGGACGCGAUGCCACCGAUGUCUUUCUGCGCCAGGAGCUGGGUGACGUGCUAAUAACGUACGAGAAUGAGGCCAUUUUGGCUCAGAUGCGGGGUCUUCCCCUCGCGUACAGCAUACCAUCAGCGGAAGCCAACUGUCUCAUUGAGUUCCCCAUCAGCGUAGUGGACCGGAACGCAGACCGCGAGAAAGUUCGGGAUGUCGCUGAUGCUUUUGUGGAAUAUUGUUUCAGCGACGAAGCACAACAGAUUUUUGCUGACUACGGAUUUCGCCCGGUUUCUGAGCGAGUGUUUCAACAAGUUCGGGAAAGAUUUCCAUCCCCCAGUAUUUUAGAGACUGUAGAUGAACACUAUGGUGGAUGGAGUGCCGUCAUGCAGAAAUUUUUCGUCACCGGGGCAGUCUUCGAUAUUCUUUUAGAGCAGGUAUCACUUGAGCUCUUGCGUAGAAGGAGAAGUCAGAGGCGAUGGAUCUUCGGUGGCAGGCGCGGCCGAGGUGCACAGCAGGGCAACAUUCCACACCACAAGCACGCGAACCUGGUCAUGGACUCUGACGAAUCCGAGCAAAGCACCAACUAUGCAUCAAUGCAAAUCCCGAGAACGAAUCUCGUCGUCGUCGAAUACGAGCAGCAGCAGCAGCAGCAGCGUCUAUGUCGAGACGGGAUAUCUGACGAGCGUUGCAUACGCGCGGCUUCUUGGCUGCAGUAA